AUGGCGACCGGUGAGAGGCGAUCAAAUCUCAGGUUGCUCAGGACGUCAUUGAUUCUGGACCAAAGCGACACACGCACGACUCGCCACGGAGACUGUCUCAGACUGUGUACUUACAACGCGAGAACAGUUUCCACAGACGCUGACCUGCAUGCCCUUCUCGGAGCUGCAGAGCGUAUCAAAUUUCACGUAAUUGCUCUGCAGGAGACCAAGUGCAGAAGGAGCGACGUACGACAUAUGAAUGACGGUACACUCGUCAUUCGUGGAGAGAAGGUUCCGUCGGGAAAUGUAGGCGGUGUUGGUUUUGUUGUGCACCCAUCUGUCGUCCAUCUCGUCGAUUCUCACGAGAUCCUGUCACCUCGUCUGGCCAUUCUUCGCCUCCGCCCUCUGCGCCAAAAAUCCAUCAGUAUCAUCAACUGCUAUUCACCAACAUCAGCAGCUGAUGAUUGCGAAUUGGACGCGUUUUACGAGGAGCUGGAGGAUGUAGUCCGCAACGAGAAGUUCUUCUACAAAUUCGUUAUCGGAGACUUCAACGCAAAACUAGGAAAGUCCAUAGAAGAGGAAUACAGGAUUGGAAGAUUUGGACUAGGGGACCGGAAUGAAAAUGGCAAUCGUCUCAUCGGGCUGUUGUCCGCCGCUCGCCUCUUUCAUGGGAACUCUCUUUUCAUGAAAAAAGAUCAUCGUCGGUGGACAUGGGAAUCGCCCAAUGGCGCGACUCUGGUUCUGAUCAAUCUUCGUGCGAAAAUACGACUUAGCCACACGAUGGAAAAGAACAUCUGCUAUCGGCAACGAAGGAGAAAAGAAGUCGUCUACGACGAUUGCGUACUCGAUGGCUCCUUGUCCCAAGAGGAUUACGAGCCUGCGCUGAACGUGCCUGAAGCCGCGCACGACAAACUUGGAUCGAUUUUCGAAGACCACCAAGGAAUUGUUGGAAAGAAGAAGGGCUUUGAGGCUUGA